CUUGGUCUUGAUUUGUACUCUCUGGACCUGAAAUCUCCACCUCUGUAGUCCAGUAGGGUUUUCUCAUAGCGAGCCAUAGUUGCAUAAGAACAGCAAGCCUACGCUGCUAAUGGGGAGAAUUUGAAUGCUGCUGGCGGCUCUAAAUGGAAUGACCCUCCUGCGGUUGUUUCAUGUUGCCCCGAAAGCUCCCUGCGGCAUUGUUGUGGUUGGCAGCCACGCAACUAGGAAGCAUUUCACUGCCAUCUGGGAAACUUGCUAUUAUUGCUUGUACCACGACGGGGGAAAUUAUAUUUUAAAACCUGUCUUGUGUCGGGUCCGUGAGCGUGCCUGCCGCGUGUUCCUGGUGGUGGUGAUGAGAUCAGGAGCAUGUGUGGAGCUCACGUUUUGUUCUGCAGAUUUUAGAUUAACUGUAGGUGGGAACAUACCUGGAUUCUCAUAUUCCUCAGUUACGUCCACUGCAUUCUUAGCUCUCUGCCACAUGUGAUGGCAGUAAGUACCGCUGAUGAAACUGCGGUGUGGAAGAUGACAAUGUCCUUAAAGACCUUUUUUAAGUAGCAACCAGCUGCUUGUCUGUGUGUAAUAUACAUGUACUGUGCUUGGCAUUCCAGAUAAUUCCGUUAUUUCCACUUGUUUAGUAAGAGUGAGAAGAUGGGGCACGGUUGGGGGUGGGUGUCUGCCCAGCGUCCUGAACCGAGCUGGUGCGCGUCCCUGCCAAAGGCACUGAGCGCUUUCCUCUCUCAGCAUCCGCUUUGCUGGGUGGGGACAUGGUGAGAAGUUUGGCUGGAUGGUCUGACUCGCCCAGGAAUGAACGAAAGCACCACUGCGUGUGUCUCUGGGUGCGAGGUGCUGAGCUGACAAGGUCCUUAUUGUACAGAGGUGCCCCCACUGCCCUCCCUUCCCCCCACCUUUUUUUCGGUUUACUUUGAGGGCAUGUCGCUGGGCAGCCUUCUUUAAGCCAUGCCUCGGGAGCAGCAGAGGACCCUCGCAGAAGUCGCACAGGAAGCAUGGCUGCAGGCUGCAUCUCCACACUCCUCUGGCUGACCGUCCUGAGCCUUUGCCUGGCCACUGCCCGCUCAGAGACCGGGGCCAAUGCUGCCCCCACGGUACCACAAGAUGACCCCGAGAUAUCAUCCGGCGGUGGGGCGCAUGACAUCACCACCAAAGGUCCCUUACAUAAACACCCGGAAACCACCUUCACAUUCGACUAUGAGGACACGACUCGUACCCAGGAUGGACAUGGAGAAGCAGGCAUCCUCAGCCCUGGUGCCAUCACUGCCAUCGUCAUCGCUGUGAUCCUGGGAGCCUCUGUGCUCAUCGCCCUCAUCGUCAUCACGCUGAAGAAGUUCACCGCUGCCUAGAGCUGCCACGGCCGCCUCCUCCCUGCCGUAACCCCCUCCAUCUCCCCGGUGCUGCCAACCGGGGUCCAUUAAGCCCCACCUCUGCUCCGCCAUAUGACUGGGGAUGGGUGACAUGAGAGUACUAGGUGGUGUACUCUGGGGUGGAGAUCCACAGCGCCACCUAAUGUCUUUGCAAUGUCAUGUACUUGCCAUGUGUAUAUUGAGAUACUCUUUUCCAUCCCAUUUGAGCAGAAUUUUUGGAUACCUUAAAAUACAUUAUUUGUUUAUGUUUGCAGCUUUGCUGUCCUCUUCCAGUUAAAUUUUUUUUUUUGAAGAGAAAUAUUGAGUGUUGCCUGCCUUUACAUAUUAUGGCCACAUGGGGGUGUUUUGAGGUAACAUAAUUUACCCCAAGCACCUUGUUCUCACUGUAGCAAAAAGCUAAUGCCAACCAAAUUGAUACCCUCAUAACCCCAAGAAAGAGAAAUUACACUAUGCGGGGAGUGUAUUCAAAGUAACCCCCCCCCAACAGGUUUAAGGUCACUGCGUGGAUGAUACUGUUGUACAUAAUGGGAGUCAGUUUGAGCCAAACACAAUUACUGUGAUUUUGCUUCAGUUUAGGGGGGAGAUUUUUGACAUGAAAGUAUAGAUUUUUAUGCUUGGCUGAUACUGUUGAUCCAGUAGGUAAAAUGUAAACUGAUUUCUGUAGUCAAUCUAGUGCUGUAUAGAUCUGUAAAUAAAUACUUAGUUUUACGUUAA